UUACUUCUCACCUCUUCACCUCCUUAAUUCUCAGGCCCUUUUUCCUAAGGCUCUAAUAUUUCUUUUUGGUCCAUACAGACGAUGUUGUGAAAAUGCAUCCCCUCACCCUCGUUAGUCUUCUCGCUUUCUUCUGGACAACUAUUGGGAUUGUUGUCGCCAGUGACACAGUCGGAGAAAACCGCAUCAAAGUCUUUCUCUUCGCCGCGCCGGCUUUCUUUCAGGCUUCUGAAGUCGAUGCGGGAAAGGAUAUUUGUGUGUCUUUAGGGAAUAAUCUAAUUGAUGGGAAAACCCAAUCCAUUCUUAUCGGUGGCGCUGAUGUCGAUGCUGUGUGGGCGAGGAAGGAUCAUUGGAGUUGCACGUUUUAUGAUAAUUACAACUGCGAAACUGGGCCUACUCGGAACUUGACUUUUGUCGACGGCGUAAAUAGCCUCGGAGGCGUGGGGUGGCAAACGAAGAUCCACAGUCUAAAAUGCGGCGUCGAUUCCGAUUGAGAGUGAAGGCGCGCCGAUGUUGGAAUGGAAAGCUGGUCUGUUGUGGUUGGGAGUCUGCUUGGGGCGAGGAAGAUGCGAAUGUUUUGAGAGAGCUGGCCAGUUUCCUAGUUCUGGACACAGCUCGGACUGUUCAAUGACCCUCUAUUGGGCUUGAACCGCGUCCCCGAGGAUGA